AUGACGAGCGCAAAGGCAGAGCAGGUCCUCCAAGACCUCGAGGAUCUUCAGGCCGCAUACAAAGUCUCAAUCAUCAGCCUCAGCGAGCCCAUCUCCAGCGCGCUCCCCCAGCCGGGUCAAGACGCCAACACAACCCGCACGUCGGACGUGUCCAACUCUUCCGUGGACGCGACGCCAGCCAGCCUGGCGGCUGACUUGACACACUACAAGGAACUGUUCGCCAAGCUCCGCUUCAGUUAUGUAGAGCAGGUCACCAAGGAGAAGUUCAUCCGCGCCAUCGUCGGCGAACCGCCGCUCAUCGUAACCCCCCAGGAGAACCUCGAGCUGGAGAAGCAAAACGCCAGGGCCAAGGCGCAGCUGAAGACGCAGAAGAUGGAGGUUGCCGACAUGGUGGAGGAGCUGGAGGCGAGGGGCAGAGAGCUGAGCAGGAGAUACGAGAGCGUGCGGACGGAGAUGGUCGCCUUGAGGGAGCUGCCGGACAAGAUCGAGGGCCUGGAGGCGAGAAUUGGGGAGCUGAGGGAGCGUCUGCAGCCGGGGGAGAACCCAAAUCUGAACCUGCCUCUGGCAAAGACGCUGGAGCUGGUCGCGGAGAGGAAGAGGCAGAGACAUGAGCUGGACAGGCAGCUCGAGCAGCUGAGGUCACAGGUCCCAAGGAGGCGCAAGGAGAUGGAGAGGCUGCAGGCCGAGCUGCAGCCCCUGGAGCAGAAGAGGCAGAACAGCAUGGCGGCUGCGAAGGAAGCCCGCCGCAGGAAAGAACAGGCCCUCGGAGGGGUGGAGGACGAUCUGGAGGAAAGAGGCAGGUGGUGGAGGGCCUCUGAACUGGCCCUCCGACAGAUGCUUGAUAUUGAGAGCUGA